AUGACAUCACAAUCACUGCCGUGGAACGAAGCCUUGGCACUGGUCAACUCGAAACGGCAUGACAAAUCGGUUGUAAUGCCCCUGGUCAAAGAGUUCCCCAAUUUGUUGGUACACGCAUCUGAACAACUCCGCGACGACCCCAAGGUCGUCAAGAGUUCAGGCUGCUUGCGAUAUGCAUCCAUGGAAUUGAAAUCACUCCCUGACUUUGUCCUUGAUAUGGUAGCAAUGUCAUGGGAAAAUCAUAACCACGCCGCAACUUUCUUGAGGGAUUGCGGCGAUUUUUUUCGUCGAUUAUUUCAUGCCUUGAUCCCUCCCGGUGGCUUGCUUGACUUUGAAACUUUGGCAGAGCCAAUGAGAGUGGCGCCAUUGAGCAUAAAGAAUGAUCAUGCCUUUAUCGCACACGUGCUUUCAAGGAUAGAUCUCAGAGACGGGAGCGGGAGAGAACAGCUGGAAGUGCUUUCAACCUGGAUGAGCCCUUCACUUCGCAAGGGACUGGUUGAGACAUUGAGGCUCCUGGAGCAAGUUUGGGAACAGGAUCCAACUACAGAAGAAUGGUUCUGGGACAAGGUUUACCAGUCGAAGGACUCUGGGAUGGCCGGCUUCAAGAACUGUUGA